GGCGUUUGACUCGACGAUAGAAUUCAGAGACGUAAGCAGGGGUUGGACGUGCAAGUCAGCGGGUUCGGUCCAGUCUACGGUUAGCUGAAAGGCUCGAAAGGGUGUGCGUAGCUUCGACUUUGUAGACGCUCUGGCAUUUGAAGAUAGCGAAUAACGAAGAGAGCUCUGUCGAAGGCAGCUAUGGAGAUAGCUAUGGCGACUGGCGUGAGGUACAAAGCAGUGCUUGCACUGGCGAUGAUAUGCAUGUUCGUAGUCGUCGCAGAGGCCGUGGGCGGCAAAACCAAGACGGGGGAACGGCGUCUCGAGUACACUGAGCACCAUGAGGUCCUGAAAUCGGACGGAGGGUCAGUGUCGAUGUGGGCAGAGUCGUUCGAGCACAUAGCCGACGCAGGUAGGAGGUUUUCGGCGGCGCACCUUACGCUGGAGGAGGAUGGCUUCUUGCUCCCUACCUACUCGUCGGGCCAUCACGUUAUCUACGUGCUUGAAGGCUCAGCAUACGCAGGACUGAUGACGCCGUGGGGUAUCCCGGCAACGCUUCGGAGACUCAAGAAGGGGGAGAUGUUCGUAGUUCCUCGUGGCUGGGUGUCGUGGAUUUGCAACCAUCAUCACGAAGGUGGUCACAGCAGUCAUCGCCACGUGAGCGAGAGGGAGGGCGGUCAGAGCACUCAUCGCCACGAGAGCGAGAGGGAGGGCGGUCAGAGCACUCAUCGCCACGAGAGCGAGAAGGAGGGCGGUCAGAGCACUCAUCACCACGAGAGCAAGAAGAAGGGCGGUCAGAGCACUCGUCACCACGAGAGCGAGAGGGAGGGCGGUCAGACGGCCACCUUUAAGGCGUUGGCAGUUACGGAUUUCCCAGCAUCACUGGCGGGCGAGAUGGGUGGGAAGACUGAGGCGGAUGGGUGUUAUUUCUUGGCGGGAGCCUCGAAGCGGGAGGGCGAAGGGCGCGCAGGGCACGGCGGCGUUCUUCACGGCUUCAGUAAGGACGUGCUCGCCCAAGCGUGGGGCGUGGACGAGUCAGAUGUGGAGAAACUACUCCAUUCGCAGAAGGGGGUGGGGAUCGUGAAGGUGAGUAAGAGUCAGCAUCCGGAGUUGUGGGAGCGGUUYGUGAGCAAGCUGUCACACRUGGAAAUKCUKAGCGACGYGUUUAGAYUCGUGGAUGGGCUCGCGCACACCAAGCGGCAUGGAGGUGGUCACCGAGAGCAGGGAAGCGCCGCUUGGUUCUUGGGAGAUUUCACCUACAAUGUGGAGGCGGCGACUCCUGCGGUCCACAAUGAAGGCGGUGAAAUUCGGCUGGUCAACAAAGAACUGCUGCCGGCGCUCGGAAAGUUUGGCCUGAGUUUCUCUCUCGCAGUCGUUAAACUCGAGAAGGGCGCAGUGAGGGUACCAGCAUUGUCUGUCAAUGCUCACAUGAUUGUGCACGUGACCAGCGGUAGCGGGCGGAUUCAGAUCGUCCAUCCGGACGGCAGCAACGCUCUGGACACCCACGUGCAUGCCGGGUCUGUCGUUGUCAUCCCGCGCUUUUAUCCGUCGGUUAAGGUCGCCUCGAAGGAUGAAGGUCUCGAGUUCGUCAGUGUGAUGACGUCUUCGCGACCGUUUUGGAGCCAUCUUGCUGGUCAUAACUCCUUGCUUAGCAACAUGCCGGAGCGCGUCGUCGAAGAGGCGUUCAACAUUCCCAGUGAUCUUGUGAAGAAACUGCGCUCCCGGAGGGCGCAGUAUUCCGUCAUUCUGCCGCCUUCGAGCUCUCAGAAAGAGCAGCAGGAGGUGCCGGAGUUGUAGAGGAAGCUGCUCGUUGGCGAAGCAUCAGGCACCAGCGGAGUGUAUAAUAGAUUUGUAUAGCAUUGGAACAAUUGCUCUCGUCAUUUGGGUCAGCAAUCCACCACUGCAUUAUUUGGAUUGUGCUUGUCAUUGACGAAGCGGAGUGUGUAGAUUUGUAUGUCAUUGUUGUCACGACACUUGCUCUGGACGCACUUUUGUCAGCAAUCCGCCAUUACGCAAUGUGAAUGAUUGCGCAUAUGAUUGACCGAAUGGUAGGCAAUCGGUGUUGUGUAUGUUGGUCCCGGGAGGAGAGAAAAUGAGUUUGACUGAUAUGGUAGCGGUCCCAAUAUAUGGCAUCCGACCGUCUAUGUCGUAGAUUUGGUAAUUUGGGAAGUCACGAAGGUCGUCGUCCAUCUUGUAUAUUACCGUAGGUCGUUUGGGAGGCCAGAAUGUGACGCUUAUGACGGCAGUGUAUGGUGGCGGUCCGAUUAAGGCAUCCAUCUUNAGGCAUCCAUCUUGUAUAUUACCGUAGGUCGUUUGGGAGGCCAGAAUGUGACGCUUAUGACGGCAGUGUAUGGUGGCGGUCCGAUUAAGGCAUCCGACCGUCUAUCUCGUAGAUUUGGUAGUUUGUGAAGUCAUGAAGGUCGUCGUCCAUCUUGUAUAUUACCGUAGAUCGUUUGAGAGGCCUGGGAGGCCUGAAUCCGACUCUUACGUUGGCUGUAGACGAUUGGAGUUUUUUGAUGUCGUAUACACGUGAGUGAUGUGCAUCUGGUUAUAAUUGCGAAUCUCUGCGGAUCGUCUAGUAUUUUUUUUGGCGGAGUAGAGGUACGUGUUAUAGUGCCAACUACUGUUGUGAGUUGUGAAUUCGUGCGGAUUGCGCGGCGAAGAUGUAGACGAGUAGGAGAGUGCCUUUGUACCUGCGGUGGUGCAUCCGUCAAGCGCGGUGUUGGCUUAUCUCUGCUAACACGGCUCCGGCUGAGCGAUGUCUUUGGUGUAAAAUGCUUGUAGUCGAGUGUUGUAGGAGAUCAGUGCUGUCGGUUGUAUUUGUCCGUGUAUGCUGCUUUUAGUUUUACUGUUAGGCGAUUUGUGUGAUGUCGACUGCCCAGUGGACUGCCCAGUGUGUGACAUGGUAAGCAGCCUUGUUGACUUCAAGCUGCUGGCAGCUGACUUCAGGCUGCUGUAGUGUGACUUGUGGAUGUGUAGUCAUUUGUGAGGAGAAGGAUUUGUGGUCGAGGUUCGUUUGUAGACUACUGUGUGUUGGCAGUUCGUGGCCAUCAAAUCGAGCCUUGCAUUGACUCGUUUGUCGACGUUUUGUUGUCAUGUGAUUUGACGGAUUUGUGGUCGAGGCUCGUUUGUAGACUUUGUGUGUUGGCAGUUCGUGGCCAUCAAAACGAGCCUUGCAUGAUUGACUCGUUUGUCGACGUUUUGUAGUCAUGUGAUUUCUAGUUCUUCGCAGAUGAGGUGCUGCAGUGUGGCGCUUUUGUCUCAAAACACGUCGCGGCAGUCUGACCCUCGAACGGACCUUCCAGACACGCCAGAUCUUGAACAACAAAGACGCAACCACACG